AUGUUGCCUAGAAUAACUCAGCUUUAUUUUGCUGCGAGUAUCGUUCUAGUUUUUUCACUAUUCAAGCCUGCGGGUGCUUUGAUUCGCUUUGUGGCAGCAGCAGUUUGGCAGUCAAUUGCCCGGCUCUCCAUGAAGAAUGGGGAGAAAGCACUGGCUGCUUAUACUGCUGGCACCGGUGCAUUUGGCCAUAUAUGGGAUAUGGUUGGUUCUUGUUCAACUGCUAACGGUGAGCCAAUAUCAUCCUGGGAUUGCGCUGAAUCCGUAAUUUCCUCAACUUUCGCUGUAGGAUUCACAUUGGCCUACAGGUAUUUUACCGGGGCAUGGUGGAAGAGAGGUAGCGAGUUGCCACCGGCGGUAGCUGCAGAAAUGUACAAUUCGAUCGCACAACUACACGCAAAUGUUAAUACGACCGACUUAUAUGUUGACAGCCAAUUUUUUGCCGCCUUGGGCGUCUUCAACGAAACACAUGAGAUCACCAGCUAUCGUAACACUGAGUACCCAAUCCGCCCUUCCUUGGGCCUGAGAAAACGUGAGUUUGACGAAUGGCCUCUACACUUUACGCAUGUUAGUUCCCACAAAGACCUGCAGGCGUUAAUACACGUAAAGACAAACAUCACGCAUGCCGUCAUAUAUCCCUUAAUCCAGUCGAACGCUACAACAAACAAACGAGAUGGUUAUAACGGAUAUGAUGAACCUAAUGGGGAGUUGUUCCUUCAAUCAUAUAGCGAAGGGACAAUCGCAAACUGGGACGAUGUUGAAAACUGGGAACAUUGGAACAAUGAUGCUGAGGUCUGGCAUGAGUGGGAUACCAUGCUUGAGGACCAUAACUGGAGCGUGUGGAUGGGGGUUGGUAAAGGCUGCGUUUGUGCACAUAAUCCAGCACCCACCCAGGCAACUGGAUGCUGGGCAGCAUUUCACAGAGCUGAGACUGGAUAUGACAGCCAACAGGACUUUGACGAUGGUCAAUGGUGCGCUCAAAACUACAACAACUUGUGUCAGUGUGACUGA